CCGACAAUUGUCGCGUUCCACGACUCACUUCUGUACCGCGAAGUUACCCAAAGCCAACUAGACCUCAACACUGUCGACACAACCCUGCAGCUUUGAACGAACAACACCCUCUCUCUCAUGGCUGAAUCUGUUGACCAAAAACCGACUGCGGGGAGCUCACUUCUUCCCGCAAGAUCAUGGCAGCAUUUCGUCGCUGGAGGUCUAGGAGGCAUGUGUGGAGCUAUCGUGACGAGUCCUUUCGAUGUUGUCAAGACGCGGCUCCAGUCAAGUCUAUUCCGUGAAAAGCAUGCGACCAUGGCAGUGGCUGGUGCAAAUAGUGCCGGUACAUUGUCUGCCCCAAGACCGGGUGGGGUUUUGUACAAUUUCGUGGAAACUGGGCAAAUUCUACGGGAUAUCUACCGAGAAGAGUCACCCCGUGCCCUUUUCCGAGGGCUAGGGCCAACCCUUGUUGGCGUCAUCCCGGCCCGAUCUAUCAACUUUUUCACCUACGGAAACGGCAAACAGAUCAUCGCAAAUCACUUCAACGACGGCAAGGAAGCUACCUGGGUCCACCUUGUUGCAGCAGCUUGCGCUGGGGUUGUAACAGGAACGGUCACGAAUCCGAUUUGGGUCGUCAAGACGCGAUUACAACUGCAGUCAAAUAUGCAAGGUAGCAGCGGCGAUCCCUUGGGUGGGAGCUGGAAGACUAUCAAGACGAUUAUGGCCGAAGAGGGUGUCCGUGGCUUCUAUAAGGGUCUCAGUGCCAGCUAUCUCGGCGUCACCGAGGGAACAAUACAAUGGGUCUUGUACGAGCGGCUAAAGCGGCUCAGCGCCAACUCCGAAAACAAGGGCGGGGUGAUGGAAUGGCUGGGUAUGCUGGGAAGCGCAGGAACCGCGAAAUGUGUUGCCAGUCUGAUCACGUAUCCUCAUGAGGUCAUUCGUACUCGACUACGACAACCCAAAGUCAAUGGCGUCAUGAAAUACACCGGUCUGGUUCAGACUCUUCGACUGGUCAUUGCCGAGGAAGGUGCUCGAAGACUUUACGGCGGGCUCAGUGCCCAUCUCAUGCGUGUUGUACCAAACGCAGCUGUGAUGUACUCGAUCUACGAGGGCAUUCUGCGCUGGGGUAACUAGAAUUCUCCUAUCUCCCUCCAAAAGUGGUCUGGUCAUGUAGACCUACUUACACCCCACCUCAUUUACGCCCUGUUAACAUCAGCUUUCUGUAUCAUACACAUCAUGCUAUUCCGUAUUGUAUAACUCUAAUAUUGUACCUCUAGCCUGCACUACUUUUGACAUAGACGUAUACCCUUUAAAGCACA